UUGUUCACGCUGACCUGGAUCGCCCGCCUCACCCACCCGCUGUUCACUGUGCUUGGCGAGGACAUCUCGGGUCGGGAUAUCAUCAUGCUGGUCGGCGGUCUGUUCCUGCUCGUCAAAGCCGUGCACGAAAUCCGCCACAUGUUCCAUGAACACACGCAACCGGAGCACACCUUUCGCGCGAGUUCCUAUGCCGGCAUCCUGACACAGAUCGCCCUGAUGGACAUCAUUUUCUCGCUGGAUUCCGUCAUUGUCGCGGUCGGUAUGGCCGCGGACUACCUGCCCGUGAUGGUUCUGGCGAUCAUUAUCGCCAUCCUGGUCAUGAUGCUGGCCGCCCGGACGAUAGGGGAAUUCGUCGACGCCCAUCCCAGCGUCAAGAUGCUCGCCCUGAGUUUCCUGGUGUUGAUUGGAAUCGCGCUCAUGUUGGAAGGCAUCGAUAUACAUGUGGAGAAGGCGUUUCUGUAUACCGCAAUCGCCUUUACCGUGAUCGUGGAGUUCCUGAACCUGCGUCGCCGCAGCCACCGAAUUAAGACGCUGGCAAUCGGUGUCCUCGCGCUGAUUGCCCUGAAGUUCGCACUGGAUCUGUUCGGUGUUCAUUUUCGCAAACGAAUUCCUUUAUAUCGCCAUAGCCUUUUCGGUGGGCGUAGAGGUCCUCAAUGCGCGCCUGCGCAGGUACAUGAACGCAGCAUGAACGCAUCACUGACCUGA